AUGGAACAUAUAUUUCUGAUUAUUUUAGUGUUUAGUAAGGUCUUAUCAUUUGGAGCUCAAUUCAAUGGAUACAACUGUGACGCCAACUUUCACAGCCGCUUCCCCGCGGAGAGGGAUAUCAGUGUGUACUGUGGGGUGCAGACCAUCACCCUCAAGAUAAACUUCUGCCCUGUCCUAUUUUCUGGCUACACUGACACCGACAUGGCCCUUAAUGGUCGCCAUGGAGAUGCCCACUGCCGCGGUUUCAUCAAUAACAACACCUUUCCCACUGUAGUAAUCUUUAGUAUCAGCCUGGCAACUCUGGAGUCUUGUGGCAAUUCCCUGGUGGUCUCCACAGCUCAAGGACCCAACGCUUAUGGGAACCUGUCCCUGGUGCAGAUUGGAAACAUAUCAGGAUAUAUCGACACACCAGAUCCCCCCACCAUUAUCAGCUACCUGCCAGGUCUGCUGUACAAAUUCAGCUGCAGUUACCCACUGGAAUACCUGGUCAACAACACACAGCUGGCCUCGUCAGCAGCUGCAAUCUCAGUGAAGGAAAGCAAUGGUACUUUCAUCAGCACGUUGAAUCUACUGCUUUACAAUGACUCAUCAUACAUUCAGCAGCUGUCCAUCCCCAUGGCAGGACUGACCCUGAAGACGCGGGUGUUUGCAGCUGUAAAAGCUUCUAACCUGGAUAGGAGAUGGAAUGUUCUAAUGGACUACUGUUACACCACACCCUCUGGAAACCCUAACGAUGACCUCCGCUAUGAUCUUUUCUUUAGUUGUGAAAAAGACCCCCAGACUGCCGUCUUUGAAAAUGGGAAGAGCCAAAUGGGCCGCUUUGCCUUUGAAGUGUUCCGCUUCGUAAAGCACAAGAACCAGAAGAUGUCCACUAUCUUCCUGCACUGUGUCACCAAACUGUGUCGAGCAGAUGACUGUCCAAUGCUCAUGCCAAUCUGUGGCAGCAGGAAAAAGAGAGAUGUCUCACAGGGGAAGGAAUCAAACGCUGCAUCUGGGAAUGCUGUCCUGACUGCUGGGCCUAUCAUCACUCGUAGUGAUGAAACACCAACCAACAACUCUCAACUGGGUAAGCCUUCAGCUCCAGUGUUUCAGAUGAACACAGUGACGAGCGCGCUCAUCUCGGGCGUGAUCAUCCUGGGUGUCAUGAGUGUUUGCUUCUUCAUCUUCUCCCUCACCCUCCUCAAAGGCAAAGGCACUCCUGUCAACACCCUGUCUGGACUCCGCAACCCAGCCUUCAACUGAGCACCUGAACCCAACUCUGACACUCCUCCACAACCGACAAUACUAAGUGAUGGGCAGACAACCUGAUGGUUGUGCAUGUAGUCAUUUUACAGGAGAAUAAAAGCUAAAUGUUGAUUUAGAAAACUGUUAACAGGUCUGUACAAUGUGCAUUAGUGUAGAAUAUAACAGGACUUUUUAUAUGUUGUUCUGUACUCUGUGUUUCAACAAUUGUGGCAGGCUAGGCCUCAACCUGCAGGUAAUUAUUUAUCGUGCAGCUUUGACCCACAUAGUGGGGACACUCAUAAAUUAAUUCAAUACCUCAGCUAUAGAGCUUUCAAUUGCAGGGUUUAUAAUUGUAGGUAGAACUCGCACUUCCUUCGUAGAGGCCAAAAUAUUAGAACACUUCAUUGAAAAUAUAACUUGAGAGAAUGAGGGAAACUGUAUACAAUUAAAAGUUAAAACCUUCGAUUAAGUAAUUAAGUGAACUAACAGAAAGCCUCAGGCUUGGGUGUUAAGCUUAAAGUUUUCUUGACAUAAAAUCUAACUUUUAAAAGUAUAUUUAUAUAAUAAUUGGAAAAUCUUUAAUUUAUUAAUAUUGCUACAGUCUUAAUUGUCUGUUCUACCUAAAUAUGUACUUCAUUCACUCUUGAAAUAGUUUAUAUAUGUAAUGUGGCAGCAAUAAAAUGGUUGUUUGAUUUGUACAUGUACCCAAUGUAAUUGUGUAUAACUUUUCCAAACUGUGUUCUUAAAUGCCAUUGAUGAUCUAUUCCUAAAAUGUACAAAUUGUGUACAAUUGUGCAUAUUGCAAAUAUUUCAUUUUGACAUGUGAUUAAA